AUGGCCGCCCCCACGGAGGAGCCUCUGCAGGUCCUAAAUCACAUGAUCACCGAGGUCCUCGUACAAACUGGGAAACAACUCAAAGCUGCAGCGAAAGAUGGCCCAAAAGACAUCGCCACUGAAGCUUACCAGGCGAAGGUCAUGGAAUCCAUGGCGACAUACCAUUAUGCUGUGGACGAUAUAGAAAGCGAGAUUACCAGAGCCAAGGCUGUCCUGCUGCGCGAUCUGGAGAACUUGCGCGCAUCCCGGGCCCCGGCUCCCGUAGCCGUAGCCGUACCCGCUCCCACUCCCACUCCCGCUCCGCAGCCCGUGGCACCACCGGCACCCAUGAUGGAGAUGCCGUCAUCUGCAGCCCAUACAAUGAACGCCCCUGCCUUCACUCCCAAACAAGAGAGCAAGUCGAUGGCACCGUUCCCUGACAUGGGCAUGGGCAUGUCCGACGUGGUGGAUCUCACGGCUGGGGACAAGAAGCCAUCACCGCGGCCAUCACCACAGGUUCCACACACGGUGAUCAAACCACCAGCUCGAGCAACUCCCCCCGUGAAAAACGAAGUCAAGCCUUCGCCGAAGCCCACACCCAAACCAACUCCCAAGUCCACGCCCAAAGCUACGCCUCCCCUGAAGGUGACGCCAGUUCCGCCGCCCCAGAUUCCACGCCUACAACCACCUCCACCUAAACCCCAAGCGCAGGCUCAGCCAAUUCUGCCGCCACAGCCACCUCAGCCAGCACCUCAGCCGGCUCAAAAAGCAACAGCACCAGUACCGGCAGCUCAGCCAGCCCAAGGCUCGGCUCUGGACACCACGCUGAGUCUCCCGCCGACAGGAACGGGAGGAGAAAACGCCGUUCCAGGAAAUGGCAAUGAUUCGACCUUCACAGAUAUGCAAUUCUCCCUCGCGCCCCCAAACAACGACGCGCAAGGCGCACCGCCCGCUCCCAUGCCUGAGUUCGACCUAGCCGCCUUCGCACCGUCGGGCGGGAACAACAACGUGGCCAUGCAAAGGACUAGCGCAAAUCACAAUACCAACACCAACAGCAAUACAGCGGGCCAGGGACCCAAGGACGCGGAAAAUACCGGCUCCAACCUCGACGACCCGUUCAACUUCGGCGAAGCGGGCGGUGGGAACGAUGGCAUGUUCGACCUGGGAGGCGGCAGCAGCGUUAACGAUAGUACGUUCGACGACAUGAUGUAUUUCGGGAACAACGACUCCGACAUGGCACAAUUUGACGACGCAUAUUUUGGUCUCUAG